AUGGAGAUGAGCCUUGUCAAUGACAAGAGUGCUGUGGUGCCGACAACUACUAGUCCAACAGCUACCAAACAGGAGCUUCCUGCACACGACCCUGAGAAAGAGACCUCUGAAGCCUCGAAUGAUGCGCAUGAGCAUGGCGACCAGAACUCAAACUUGCAGGCAGGUAUUAGACUUGCCAAGGCUGCCAACCGUGCUUUGACAGAUCGACAGCUGGUUAUUGCCUAUGGAUUCUUCCAACAGCACGCUUUAACGUCCACAACCACAAUCAUUGCUGGCCUUGCCUCGGGUCUUUUUCAGCUGCCGUUUGCGAAGAUUCUAGAUCUCUAUGGCCGUCCACAAGGUCUUGCGCUGAUGCUGUUGUUUCAGACAAUCGGCCUUGUGAUGAUGGCCGCCUGCAAGGAUGUUGAAACGUAUUGUGCUGCACAGGUACUUUAUGCUGUUGGUUACCAGGGUAUUUCAUUUACCAUAACUAUCUUCAUUGCGGACACCUGUCCAUUGCGGCAUCGAGCAUUGACCCUAGGUCUCCUUGGCACGCCCACCAUCGCUACAGUCUGGGCGGCUGGUCCCGCAGCGCAAAGUGUAUUGCGCAGUAUCGGCUUGCGGUGGGGGUUCGGUAUCUGGUGCAUUGUUACUCCACUGGUUUGUGCUCCUUGGCUAUUUAUUCUGGUGCAUGUCCAGCAAAAGGCUAUUGCACAAGGCCUGGUGUCUACUACGUCGACGCCCCGCUCAUCAGUUCAGUCCAUUUUGCAUUUCUUGACAGAGAUCGAUGCGAUCGGACUUGGUAUUCUCGCAACAGGCUUCAGCCUCUUCCUGCUGUCAUUCAACCUAUACACAUAUCAGGACCACGGGUGGAAGUCCCCAAUGAUCAUUUGUUUCAUUGUGUUUGGAGGGAUUCUCGUGUUGUCGUUUCCCCUCUAUGAACGGCAUCUAGCCCCGAAGACCUUCAUCGCAUGGCCGAUUUUGAAGGACAGGACAAUUCUGCUGGCAUUUGCGGCUGAUCUAUUUUACUACAUGUCUGAAGCAGCAUGGGGCUCGUACUUCUACUCGAUCCUCAUUGUCGUCUUCAAUAAAUCAGUCGUCGAUGCGACCUAUAUAAGCAACACCUAUUUCGUCGGCUCAACAGUCUGGAUGAUUGUUCUUGGCCUGGCCUUUAACAAGUUCGGUCAUAUCAAACACUAUGCACUUUUUUUCGGCUUGCCUUGCACGCUCCUUGCGACAGGCUUGCAAAUCAAAUUUCGGACGUCUCACAGCAGCAUUGGGCUUGUUGCCAUGUGCCAGAUCUUCAGUGCUCUUGGUGCUAGCGGUGAUGGCCGCGUCCCCGCAGGACAACCUUACCAGCGUGCUCGCCGUUCUUGGGAUUGUGGUCCAGGUGGGAAAGGCUGCAGGUGGGAAAGGCUGCAGGUGGGAAAGGCUGCAGCUGGGACUAUUGGCACCGCCAUCUGGACGGAUGUCUUCCCCAAGAAGCUGGCAGAGUACUUGCCCACAUCAUCGCUUCCCUAUCUACCGGCGAUUUAUGGUAGCUUGUAUGCGCAGACUUCGUUUCCAAUUGGAUCACCUGAGAGAGACGCCAUCAUUCAUGCAUAUGAAUACUCGUCCCGGCUGAUUCUGAUUCCGGCCGCUUGCCUCCUUGCGCCCUGCUUCGUCGCGGUUGCAUUCUGGCGCGACUACGAUGUUAAAAAUACGAACCAACUCAAGAGAGCUCUCUUCCUUUCUGUUUCAGACUAA